AUGGCAGGGGUUCUCAAAGUUCAAGCAAUGAAGCAUUCUAAGUUCACCAAAAAUCUGUCACCUGACAAGAUCAACCUGAGCACGUUAAAGGGGGAAGGUCAGCUGACCAAUUUAGAACUGGAUCAAGAGGUGCUUCAGAACAUGCUGGAUCUUCCAACAUGGCUUGCUAUAAACAAGGUCUUUUGCAAUAAAGCAUCCAUUAGGAUACCAUGGACAAAACUGAAAACCCAUCCCAUCUGCUUGUCCUUGGAUAAAGUUGUAAUGGAAAUGAGCACAUGUGAAGAGCCACGUGCCCCCAAUGGUCCCUCUCCUAUAGCAACUGCAUCUGGACAGAGUGAAUAUGGUUUUGCUGAAAAAGUGGUAGAAGGCAUUUCGGUUUCUGUGAACUCCAUUAUAAUAAGGAUUGGCGCAAAAGCCUUUAAUGCUUCAUUUGAACUUUCCCAGCUGAGAAUAUAUAGUGUAAAUGCAAACUGGGAACAUGCUGACCUCAGAUUCACCAGAAUACAAGAAGCUCAACGUGGAGAGGUUUUGACUUUCAAAGAAAUCAACUGGCAGAUGAUCAGAAUAGAAGCGGAUGCAAUCCAGAGUUCUAAGCAUGAAAUCAUGAGUGCUCCAGUUCGACUGAUUACUAACCAAUCCAAAAUUAGGGUCACGCUUAAAAGAAGGUUAAAGGAUUGUAAUGUAGUGGCAUCAAAACUGGUUCUGAUUCUGGAUGAUUUGCUAUGGGUUUUGACUGAUUCUCAGUUGAAAGCCAUGGUGCAGUAUGCCAAAUCUCUUAGUGAAGCCAUAGAGAAAUCAACAGAACAGAGAAAAAGCUUGGCUUCUGAAACAGCCCAGAGCUCUGCCCCUGCCCCUAGCUCUCAGCAAGUGAAAGCGCACCAGACGACAGCAACGCCUGAUCAAAAUGAUGCAAUAGUAAAAUUGUUUAAUGAUUUUGAUGUUAAGGAAACUUCUCAUCACUUAGUAAUUUCCCAUUUGGACCUACAUAUAUGUGAUGAUAUCCAUUCUAAGGAAAAAGACUCCAACAGACGUGUUACAGGAGGUGCCAUGCAGCUUUCCUUCAGCUAUUUAACAGUGGACUAUUAUCCAUUUCACAAAGCAGGAGACAGCUGCGAUCACUGGAUGCAUUAUAGUGAUGCCACUAAAACCAGAAGUGGAUGGGCCAAAGAAUUAUUAAAUGAAUUCAAAAACAAUGUUGAAUUGCUUAAGCAGGCUGUGAAAGACCAGGUCAUAGAUUCUCCUCCCAAAUCACCACCUGCUGUAUCUCCUCAGAACCUACAAACAGGCAAGGAACAGAUACCGAAAGGAACAUCUAGGGCUUCCUCUGUAUCUUCCCAACAACCAAAGGGCAAACUGAUGUCUAGUCCUAUUGUGGUUAGACUUGCAGAUUUCAAUAUAUAUCAGGUUUCAACAGCAGACCAGUGUCGUUCUUCCCCUAAAGCUCUGAUCUCUUGCAAUAAAAAGUCACUUUAUCUUCCGCCAGAAAUGCCAGCUAUUCAUAUUGAAUUCACUGAAUAUUACUACCCAGAUGGAAAGGACUUCCCUAUUCCCUGUCCAAAUCUGUAUGGCCAGCUGAAUGCUUUACAGUUCACCCUGGAUGAGAGAAGUCUUCUCUGGCUAAAUCAGUUUGUUUUGGAUUUGAAGCAGAGUCUUAUUCAGUUCAUGGCCAUGUACAAGCUAAAUGACAAUUCAAAAUCAGAUGAACAUGUUGAUGUUAGAGUUGAUGGACUAAUGUUAAAGUUUAUCAUCCCAUCUGAAGACAAACCUGAAAUUCAUAAAGAUCAACCUCGUGCACUUUCCAUUCAAAGUUCAGAGAUGAUUGCUACAAAUACAAGAUACUCGCCAAACUGCAGACACUCUGAUCUAGAAGCUUUGUUUCAGAACUUCAAAGACUGUGAAUUUUUCAGUAGAACUUUCACCGCUUUUCCUAAGUCCCAGAAGAAUUUUAAUCUUUUGCAUCCAAUCUUCCAGAGACAUGCUCAUGAACAAGAUACUAAGAUGCAUGAUGUUUAUAAAGGUUAUAUCAUCCCAAAAUUGAAUAGAUAUGCAUUAAAGACAUCUGCAGCUACUGAUGUUUGGGCUGUGCAUUUUUCCCAGUUUUGGAUAGAUUACGAAGGAACUAAAAGCGGGAAGGGCCGACCAGUAAGUUUUGUGGACUCGUUCCCACUUUCACUUUGGAUUUGCCAGCCAGUGAGAUUUGCAAAGUCACAAAAAGACCUUGUACCGCUUAAUCAGACAGCUGCAAGCAUUCCAAAAAGUGAAUCUAGUGAUCUUGCUAAUAGACUGCAACGUAAAAAGCUUCUAAAGGAAUAUUACAGCAGCGAGACAGAGCCCUUGAGCAAUGGUGUUCAGAUGUCAGACCCUUCAGGAGUACUUUCUGAAAGCUCUUCCUCUGAUGCAGAUGUACAUGUUCUUGUCCAUGUCCAAAAACACGUAAGCGUGCAGAUCAACCAUUACCAGUAUCUUUUUUUGCUGUUCCUCCAUGAGUCUCUUGUAUUGCUCCUGGAAAACUUAAGGAACGAUGUAGAAGCAGUGACAGGGAAACCUGCAAAGCAAAUGGAUGUCUGCAUUGGGAUCCUCCUGAAAAGUGCAGAAGUAGCCUUACUGCUCCAUCCAGUGACUCAGGGAAACCCAUGUAAGUCUCCAGUUGUGGAAGAAGGCAGUCCCGUGGCAUCAGAACUCUCCCCUUUGGGAAACGAGGAAGCUCUUACUUCAGAGAGCAAAGUAGUUGGCAAUAAGCUAGCGCAAGCUGGCAUUGCUAAUUUUGGUUAUGUAGAUGACUGCAAGCCGCUGAAUGCUGAAGACAAUAAAGGAAUUUUAAUAGACUCUCUUUUGUUUAAAUCGGACAGUAAUAUGGAUUUGCAGAAAGGAAUGUCGUUUUCAGACGAUGCAUCGGAUAAAGGUUUGGGAGAUACAAGUGAAGGAGGAAGCAGCGGACUUUUUAGCAGAAGUGAUUCAGAAGAGGUCUGUGCACCUCUAAGUGAGAAAAGUAGCUCGCAUCCUAGGGAUUCAACGUCUAUUUUAAAUAAGAGAGAAGAUUCUACUGAAUUUUUCCUUGAUAAAGCGGAUGACAAAAACAUUUUCUCAAAUCAGUUAAAUGAACAGGAAGGCCCAACCGAAGGGUGUCCUAACCAAGUCACUGACUUGGAAACAGACACUGCCUUAGAAUCUGAAGAACUUGAAAUGGGCAAAGACAAAGUGACUUCACUUAGAAUAUUUGCAUCUCAGUCUUCGUCGAGUGCAAAGCCUAAGGAACGCUGCCCGUCCAACCUCCCUGCAUUCUCUGUUUCUUACAAGAAUAUGAAAAGAAGUCCCUCACAAGUCUCUCUGGAUACCAUCUCCAUUGAUAGCAUGAUGCUAGAGGAUCACUUGAUAGAGAGUGAUGGAAGUGACAGCCAAAGCUUUCUGGAGAAAGGUAUUACAGCCACAAACUAUCAAAGCCCAUCAGAAAAUGCCCAUGAAGGAGGCACAGUGAUUGAAAAUUGUGAUGGGUCAUCUCCAGAUGCCAUGAGCGCUGCUUCAGAGAAUGCACAAGAGACUAGUGAAGAAAUGAUGUCUGUUGUGGUUUUCCAAGUAUUUGGUGUUAAUGGUGAAAUUGACAUCAGAGGUGAAGACACGGACAUAUGCCUGCAGGUCAACCGAGUGAGACCAAAUCAGUUGGGGAAUAUCAGUGUUCGACACUAUCUUUGCAACAGAACUGUUGGUUCCGACUGUAAAUCUGUGGCUGGACCAGUUAAUUCAUCACCUGAGAUUAGCCUGAGAUGGGAAAGCGGGCCUAGUGCUGUUGUACAUUCUCUGCUGGCUGUGAAAAAUGGUUUUCUUCAGUGUCAUGUAGAGAACUUCAGUGCUGAAUUUCUAACAUCUUCCCUCACAAACAUUCAGCAUUUUCUGGAAGAUGAAACUGUUGCAGAAGUGAUGCCUAUGAAGAUAAAAGUUUCUAAUGCAAGGAUUAAUUUAAAAGAUGACAGUCCACGUGAAAAUCUCAAGGCAUCUGAGCUGGAACCCAUAAAACUACAUAUUGACGUACUGUGGAUAGAAAGAAAUGAUGAUGGCUCUUUUCUCAUUAGAGACAAUCAAAGAGUAAAUGAUGUCUCAAAGAUGAAGAAUCCAAGUAGUGCAUCGCAGCAAGCAACUGGACCUGUUGGACAUAAAACACAGGACCAAGCCACACAGACUGCUUAUGAAAUUCCCAGACCAUCUAAAUCAAGCGGGGAUUCAGCUGACUUGCUCAAAAAUGAGCUUAUUGAAGAAAAUGAAUGUCUCAAACAGGAACUAGCCAAAGCCAAGAUGGCUCUUGCUGAGGUCCAAAUGGAAAAAGACGCUCUGCUUCAUCGUAUAAAGAAGAUGAACGUUGAUCAUCAGUAGGACAGUGUUGUGUUGGUGCAAGGCAUCGUUGACAGAACUUCAGGUGGCAUCUAAAGUACUUUUUGUAAAUCGCUGGAAGACAUGGUUAUUUUUUUUUGGUCACAGGCAAAGCUUUCUCAUUGCAAACAAAAUGUUUGUGAACUAGUUACUAUUCUGAAAUUAUCAUUAAACAUUGUAACUUUUUUCAGCCCAUUUUAAACUGAAAUGACUUUGGAAAAAUCAGUUUAUAUUGUACUUUAUUAAUUUACCGAAGGAAAAAAAAUCAUAUCAUCUAC